UGGCUUUGAACUGGAGUAGCCGCCUUUCCUCUCACAAAUAGUAGCGCUGUAUGUCCAUGAACAAGAACUAAGAACCAAAUUCCUUUAGCCGAGCUGUGACUAUCUGAUAUGAGAGAAUUACUUCAUCACCAAGUUUACUGUUUCAGAUGUCUAUAGGAAAUCCAUGAAGUCGACCAACGCAGUAUAAAAUAAGGAAACAAGAAGAGGAAGAUUUAGCCUAGACUACUUCUGGACUAGUUUGCAAGCUUUCCAAUCGGAAUAUAUAACAACCGUUUGAAGUUGUUACAUCUUGAGAACGGCAACAAUUUACCAUUGCAAGCAUCAGUCCACGACUUGGUUGAAGUUGCGCACGUCUCGUGGUAGCGCGCACCACCAUCGUGAUCAUUUCCUCGCGGUUACUUCACCUAAACUACCACGACGGCAAGGCCAACCAUGGUGAACAGCCGGGUGGAGGCAUCAGCCGUGUCGGUGACAGGGGGUGGCGGUGGCUCGGCAGGCAGGUCAUGCGCAGGCUGUGGUGGGCGCAUCGCCGACCGCUUCCUGCUCUUCUCCAUGGAGCGCUACUGGCACACGCGCUGCCUCAAGUGCUCCUGCUGCCACGCCCAGCUGGGCGAGAUUGGCACCACCUGCUACAGCAAAGGGGGCAUGAUCCUCUGCAAGAACGACUACAUCAGGCUGUUCGGGCACAGCGGAGCAUGCAGCGCUUGUGGCCAGUCCAUCCCUGCCAGUGAGAUGGUGAUGCGGGCACAGGGCAAUGUGUACCACCUCAAGUGUUUCACCUGUGCCACCUGUAGAAACCGGCUGGUGCCGGGCGACCGCUUCCACUAUGUCAAUGGCACCAUCUUCUGUGAGCACGACCGGCCAGGGGGCGCCCUGCUCAGCAGUCACCUGACCUCGCUGCAGGGGAACGGCAUGAUGCCCGACCAGAAGGUCUGCUGAAGAAAAAUGGGUGACAAAGCAACGUGUGCCUUCUCCUCCCCCGCCUCCUCCUCCUGCUCCUGCUCUUCUUCCUUUUCCACCCAUAAGUUUGUCCUGCACCAUCCAUCCCAUCCUUCAGAUAUUCCGAUAUCCAUACUCCGGAUACUGCUGCCAGUGUCCCAUUAGCUUUCCCAGUAACACGGCAUUUCCCCCAAAAUAAUGUUUAUUCUGGUCAUAGAGAAUAAUGUUCUCAACCUUGACAUAAUUGAAGUCUCCUGCUUCAAGGGAACGAUGUGGAGGAGGGAAAGACUGUUGAUGAUGGAAGAGGAUGAUUUAUAAUGUCAAACCAGUGUCUGUUUUCGGUAAGUCCAUUGGUGACUGACUUGCAUAAGACUGACUUGUAGUAAUGCCCUGAGAGGACUAUGGCAUUUCCAGUGAUGGACCAUCCUUGAUGUAGCACCUUUCCCUAGACAGCACAAAACUACAGGGAGAGGGAGAUGCCACAGACCAAUAAAUAUAAACUGGUUCUCGUCCGGAGCUGUUUCAACCAAGCUACAGUUUAAUGACUCCCGAAACACGAAGAGUGUGUUCAAAACAAGAUCGCCACAUGAAUACACAGACACACACUCUCUGAGCUCAGACUCUAGGCCCUUUCAUGUGUCGGAUUGAGGGAAACAGGAAAUACUUUGGUUGUAGUGCUAUGCGACCGUAGCUUUUGCCCCCUGGACGUUCCUGAACUCUCAUUCCUGAACUCUCAUUGGCUCACUCGAACUGUCGAGUUAGGCCGAACGAGGAAUGAUCAAAUACACCUGCCUGGAUGUCUCGUCUACUUUCAAAAAUAUACUCUCUGUGUACUAAAUGAAGAAUGCCUGUAGAAUAUUCAUCAAAACAUACCUUUUAGUCCCAUGAUUAUUUUGUACUGCAAGUGGUUGCCUUGUGUUUCUCGAUUGUCUUCGAUAUUUAGUUAUGUUUUCAGGUGAAGAUGGUUCCUGGGGUUAGUAAAUGUACUCCUGUUUAUGGGAACAUACAAAUAUGCAUUUGUAAUUGUUGUUUAAAAAAUUUGGCCGGUGAGAAUUGUUAUUCCAACAUGACUUUGCAGCAGUGCUCUAUACGUCUUAAUGUAUUGUUGUUAUGUGGUGGUGGAAGAGGACAAGGUCAAAGUUGAACUGGUCCACACAUAACCAGGGUCGUGUUGAGUAGGGCUCACUGUAGAUAGAAAACAGAAAUAAGUGUUUGUUAUUGGAGAGGCCAUGUAGUCCCUCGCUGUUUCAGGCCGUUUUUUUCCGUUUGGUACCUAAUGAACACGACCCGGGUUGAGGGAAGAGGAGAGCGGCAUUGGGAUGGAGAGAAGUAAUAACUGUACAUACCUUUUCUAGUGCUAUUAUUGUAUUGUGGUCUAUGGUUGAAUUGCGUCUUUGUGUGGCCUAAAACAUCUAUAUGGAGAAAAAAAGUACUUUCUAAAUAACUAUAAUAAUCAUAAUAUUGCCAGUCACCUGUGUCGUGUCUGUAAUGAGUGUUUGGAUAAUAUUUACCUGCCGUUUGUGUGUGCGCGUGUGUAGCGAGGUGUGACAAAUAGCGCUUUCACACCGAAAGGUAAAGCUCCCGGACUCAGACAAACAUGGCCGAUUACCCUCAGGAAUGGAAUUUCAAAGGCUUGAGCUGGGGCCAUUACAGAAGCAAUUAAAGUGGGAUACACUGGAGGCCCAGGCUUUAGCUGAAGUCCUGUGCCGGAGUCUAAUGAGGCCUAAUCUGGUGAGCUGGCCUAAUUAAAAGGGAGGGACCCCUUUCCUGUGGGUGCUGAGUAGAGCAGUCCAGCUGUUGACUUUACAGUGCUCACAAUGCAACAACAAACUGAAAGAAAUAAGCCAACCCUUUUUCUCUUACCUAUAACUCCAUAUAACUUUUCUUUCUUCACUGUGUAUGAAUUUGACAUUUUCACUUCUUUGUUGAGUUCUUUACUUGGAAGUUAGGGUAUAGGGCCUCUACAUAUAGUACUGAAGGGCAUGUCGGAAUUGUUUCUUGGCAUGAAAACACCCCCUCAGAUCUUGUUUAUUUAAUUAGCUAAUUAAACUUCCAUCUUAUAGGUAGGUACCUUUGGCCUAGAAAUCACAGUCAGCUUUUAUGAUCUUCUUUUAUUUCUUAUUCCGUGACUUUUCUACAGAGAGAAAUUAAAACCAAACAUGCAACAGGCCUACAAAGAAGACAGAAAAAAAACACUGGAGUAGCCAGCUGUGACUUUUCAAAUGAAUGUUCCCAGAGAAAACUCUACCACAAGCAUUGUGGUGUGUGUCGGUGCCUCAGCAGUUCCUCUUUUAGGGUUAGCCAAUUAGGUUCACACUCAAAAUAACAAUGAGUGUUUUAAUGGUUGGAUUUCAAAGCAUUUCUCUGGUAAUGAUGUAGAAUGGUUUUAAAGGAUGAACACAUUCCUCGGGUUCUUCAAACAUAAUCCAAACCUGAGCAUGAGUUUCAAAUCUUGAAAAAAAAAAAGCGUUUUUGUCAAGGUAUUUUUGGCAUUCCUCAGUUUGUUUCUAAUUAGACUCCCAUACUUCCAUAGACACAAGUGGAGUUCAAUCAUAAUAACCAGAAUAAACCUGAUCUGAAAGAACUACGUAAGGGAAAGCAAUAUACCCAAUAUAUAUAAGAACACCUACAGAAGCACCUAUCUGACAUAUUGUAGAACCUGUUAUCGAAUUGGAGGUACCUAUCCAGUCAUUUUAGAUCAGUGUGGAUUUUUAAAAAUCAGUUCAUUUUUAAAACGUAGGAGUAUUGCAUACUGAUAACAGCCACACAAUCCGUCUCUGUACCUGUUCUAACCAAUGUGGCACCCAAUAUUUCAUUUGUAUACCUAGUCUAAUUACCAUUUGAUCCAGUAGCUUGACUAAUACUUGGCCAGUCAUCUCAUCAAAAUACAUGGAAAACUUAUCAGAACAUUUCUCUUAACUGUUCAGUUUAGGUUUAAAGACACUGAAAAUGAUCAAGAAACUGAAGCAAUUGUAUUAUCGGUAUCUUAUUCACAGGGGAUUCCAUAAAUAAACACUUUUUGCUGA